AUGGAUUUAAAGUCAACCCUUCUGGUUGUUGGAGGAUCUGCAUGCUCGUUCAAACUGCUGAACACCAUCAUCAGAUUCCUUCCAACACCAGAAAGUGCACGCAUGAAAUCCUGGAGGUGGAGGAAUAUCAGCACUUCUCUGGCUCACAGCUCGCUGACAGGACCAUGGGCUGUUUUAUGUUUCUACCUCCAGCCUCACAUGGUGGAGGACCUGAUCUCCUCUCACUCCUUGCUCUCCCACAGUCUGGUAGCUGUGUCAACAGGUUAUUUUAUCUAUGACUUCUUGGACGUGGCUUUGAACCAGUCAUGUAAACGGUCCUGGGAGGUGCUUCUCCACCACUCUGCGGUGCUCUCCUGCUUCAGUAUGUCUGUGACCUCCCGCCUCUACGUGGGCUACUCCACGGUGUCUUUGCUGGUUGAGAUCAACUCAGUUUUCCUUCAUAUCAGGCAGCUCCUCCUCAUGUCAGGAUGGACGAACGCGCCAGGGACGGACAUUACGGCCCCUCGCUCCUCCGUGACCUACAGAGUGACCAGCUGGCUCAACCUGGGAACGUUAUUGGUGUUUCGUGUCUGCACGUUGGCUUGGAUGACCCGCUGGCUGGCAGCUCACAGUGAACGCAUGCCUCGCUACGUCCUGUUGAUGGGGACGGUAGGCCUGAGUCUCAUCUCCAUCAUGAACAUGGUGCUGUUUUACAGACUGAUCAGGGCAGACGUCCUCACCAGCACACAAAACACCAGAAACGACUGCUAG